AUGCUCAACUUUGAGGACGUUGAGGAUCGCGAUGGUGUCCGGCUCUCGUGGAACGUCUGGCCUUCUUCUCGCAUAGAAGCUAAUCGGACCGUGGUCCCAAUCGCUGCCCUAUACACUCCGUUGAAGCAGAGGGAUGACCUACCACCAGUCUUGUACGAGCCUGUGACGUGCAAGCCGCCAUGUCGCGCUGUGCUGAACCCGUACUGCCAAAUUGACAUUCGGGGGAAACUUUGGAUUUGCCCAUUCUGUCUCCAACGCAAUGCCUUCCCGCCCCAUUACAAGGACAUCUCCAACACCAAUCUUCCCGCUGAACUUCUCCCAAAAUACACCACCAUCGAAUACACACUCUCCCGACCGGCUCCAGUUCCUCCCAUAUUCGUCUUCGUCAUCGACACCUGCAUGGACCCAGAGGACAUGAAGGCUCUUCGCGACGCUAUCGUGGUUAGCUUGAGUUUGCUUCCGCCAUACGCUCUCGUUGGUCUCGUCACUUUCGGUACUAUGACUCAAGUGCACGAGAUCGGAUAUCAAGAGUGCAGCAAGUCGUACGUGUUCCGUGGAGGAAAGGAGUACACGCCUAAGCAGAUUCAAGAUAUGCUCGGCCUGAGUGCCCAAAACCGUGCCGCUCCUCGACCUGGCCAGCCAUUACCACCACAGACGUUCGGAGCAGCGCGCUUCUUGAUGCCUGUCCAGCAAUGCGAAUUCCAGUUGACCGGUAUUCUAGAGGCUCUCUCUCGAGACCCAUGGCCAGUGGCGAACGAUAAGCGUGCGCUGCGCUGUACCGGUGUGGCAUUGAGUGUUGCUGUGGGGUUGCUGGAGACAACUUUCCCUAACAGCGGCGCUCGUAUCAUGUUGUUCGCUGGCGGUCCCGCAACCGAAGGACCCGGAAUGGUCGUGAGCAACGAGUUGAAGGAGCCUAUUCGGUCGCACCACGACAUCGAGAGGGAUAGCGUCAAGCACUUCAAGCGUGCGACCAAGUUCUACGAGAGCUUGGCCAAGCGCGCGUCCAACAACGGCCACACGAUCGAUCUUUUCGCUGGUUGCCUGGACCAAGUCGGUCUUUUGGAGAUGAAAUCCAUGCCCAAUUCAACGAACGGUGUCAUCGUCCUUUCCGACUCUUUCGCCACCUCCAUCUUCAAGCAGAGCUUCUUGCGCGUAUUCAACAAAGACGACCAGGGAGCUCUGCAGAUGGGCUUUAACGCCACAUUUGACGUCCAGACGACCAAGGAGCUCAAGGUGUCUGGUCUUAUUGGCCACGCCAUUUCUGCGGCCAAGAAAUCAGCCUGUGUUGGUGAGACGGAGAUCGGUAUUGGGCAGACAUCAGCGUGGAAGAUCAACGCAAUCGACCCACGCACAUCCGAGGCUGUCUACUUCGAAGUCGUCACUCCCGCUGGACAACCUCUUCAACCCGGUUCGCGAGGUCUCAUCCAGUUCGUCACCCACUAUCAACAUUCCUCCGGCCAGAUGCGCCUCCGCGUCACCACCAUCGCUCGCAAUUUCGCAGAAGCAGGCUCUCCCUCCAUCGCUGCCUCGUUCGACCAGGAAGCCGCGGCGGUUCUGAUGGCAAGGAUCGCCGUCUUCAAGGCUGAGAUCGAUGACAGUAGCCCCGACGUGUUGAGAUGGUUGGAUAGGAUGUUGAUCCGGUUGUGUCAGAAGUUCGCGGAUUACAGGAAGGAAGACCCGACGAGCUUCAGGUUGUCGGACAACUUCAGUAUUUAUCCGCAGUUCAUGUUCCACUUGCGUAGGAGUCAGUUCCUCCAGGUGUUCAACAACAGUCCGGAUGAGACGGCGUUCUACCGACAUGUCUUGAACGAGGAGGACGUGAACAACUCCCUUAUCAUGAUCCAACCCACGUUGAUGUCAUAUGGCCUCGACGUCUCACCCCAGCCCGUACUGCUCGACAGUGUCUCUAUCAAGCCCGACGUGGUCCUCCUCCUCGACACCUUCUUCCACAUCCUCAUCUUCCACGGCGAGACCGUCGCUCAGUGGCGCAAAGCGGGUUAUCAAGACCAAGAGGGUUACGAGAACCUGAAGGAGUUGCUUGAGCUGCCCGUCAAUGAUGCUCAGGACCUCCUCGCGGAUCGCUCUCCCAUUCCACGAUACAUUGUCUGUGACCAAGGAGGCAGUCAGGCUCGAUUCUUGUUGUCCAAGCUGAACCCCUCGACGACCCACAUGUCGACUAGUAUGUAUGGUUCUGGGCCCGCGGCUGGUGGGGGACAGGCUAUCUUCACGGAUGAUGUGAGCUUGCAAGUGUUCAUGGAGCAUCUGAAGCGUUUGGCUGUGGGCGCACAAACGAAUUAGACGUUUUGAUCUUGGCUGUCUUGAGGGCGCCUUGCAUGGAGUGUGUCACUUAGCUUUUAUUUUUUACCGUCUUCUCUGCUGUGUGUCUUGUGGAGGUCCCUUCGUUUUCUUCUCACUUCUUAUCUGUCGAUGCAAAAGCUCGAAUUCACAUUAUCGCCGUCAUGGGUGCGGGGGCGUUACGCCGUCUGUGUGGAUGAGUUUAUAACAGUGAAUGCCUAUUUCACUGUGACUGGUCUCUCUGGCCUUAACCUUGCUCGGAAAUGGUCUUGUUCC